GCUUGUACUUGCCGUGGUGUGUUUCCAUUAUUGAAGCCGCACCGGCGAGUGUUCUCCCCAGGCAAAGAACAUAUUUAUUUCAUACUUGAUUGAGUUCCCAAGACUGACCCUGCCUGAGGAAGAAUCCUGGAAGAGGAGGAAGAGCAAAGGAAAGGGGUCGGGAAUGGCCGUCUGUCAGGCACAGCUGACCUUCAGGGAUGUGGCCAUAGAAUUCUCUCAGGAGGAGUGGGAGUGCCUGGACCCCGCUCAGAGGGCCUUGUACAGGGACGUGAUGCUGGAGACCUACAGGAACCUGGUCUCCCUGGGUGAGGAAAGUGUCCCUCCGGAAGUCAGGAUCUGCUCCAAUAGCUCUGCUACAUUCAUGAUCAAGGAAUUAUUAUCAGUGAGAGACAUUAAUAAUGGAGAACUAUACCAAUCAGUGGUUGUGGGAAGACCGGAAAGUCAUGGCCUUGAGGAUUUUGACUGCAGGGAAGUCUGGAGAAAUAUGUAUGAAUUUGAGAGCAAGUGUGGAUAUGAAAAAAGAAAUUCAAAAGGAAUGCUUGUGACAGAUAACCUAAAUCUCACUGGUCGAAGAGAUAAACAAGACAGCAAAUCAUGGAUUAAUUUACCUUUAAAGCAGAGUGUUUCUUUAAGAAAAAGUGCAUAUCAAUAUUUUAAACAAGGGAAAUCAUUAAUAAAAAAUUUGUUAAAAAUAAAAAACAAUGUAGUCUGUGCAGGAAACAAGUAUACAGAAUGUUUGGAAAAUAGAAUUGGAUUAAGCUCCCAGUCGCAUCUGGCUGAACAGCAGAGAUUUCAAACUGAGGAGAAAAUCAAUGGAGGUAAUCAAGUUGAGAAGUCUGUCAAAACUUGUUCAAUUUUGCCGCUUCAAAGAUUGCCUCCUAGUGUCAAAACCAGCAUUUGUAAUAAACAUAGAAAGGUUUUUAUGUGUCCGUCAUUGCUUACACAGCACCAGAAAACAAAAAUUAGAGAAAAACCAUACAAAUGUAAUGAAUGCGGAAAGACUUUUACCCAUCAUUCAGUCCUUACUAGUCAUCAGAGAAUUCAUUCUGAGCAGAGACCUUACAAAUGUAAUGAGUGUGGUAAAGCGUUUAAGCAGUUCUCCAACCUCACAAGACAUCAGAGAAUCCACACCGGAGAAAAACCAUAUAAAUGUAAUGUAUGUGACAAGGUCUUUAAUCAAAAUUCCCACCUUACAAACCAUUGGAGAAUUCAUACUGGAGAAAAACCACACAAAUGUCAUGAAUGUGGUAAGGCUUUCAUUAAAUGUUCAGACCUCUGGCGUCAUGAAAGAAUUCACACAGGAGAGAAACCUUACAAAUGUCAUGAAUGUGAUAAGGGUUUUACCAAACGUUCAUAUCUUUGGGAUCACAAAAGAAUCCAUACUGGAGAGAAACCAUACAAAUGUACUGAAUGUGGCAAGGUUUUUAGGCAGUGGUCCACCCUUAGGAUUCAUCGAAGAAUCCAUACUGGUGAGAAACCUUAUAAGUGUAAUGAGUGUGGCAAGGCUUUUAAGCAGUGCUCACACCUCACUAAGCAUCAGAAUAUACAUCCUGGAGAGAAGCCACACAAAUGUACUGUGUGCGCCAAGGCUUUUAUCCACAUUUCAAGCCUUGUGAAACAUCAGAAAAUUCAUUCUGGAGAAAAACCACACAAAUGUAAUGAAUGUGGUAAGGCUUAUAUCCAAAGUUCAAGUCUUGUGGAACAUCAGAGAACUCAUACUGGUGAGAAACCUUACAUAUGUAACGAGUGUGGCAAAGCCUUUACCGUGCGUUCAAGCCUAACUAAACAUAAAAAAAAACAUACUGGUGAGAAGCCUUAUAAAUGUAAUGAAUGUGAUAAAACAUACACACAACUUGUGCACCUUACAAGACAUCAGAAAAUACACACUGAAAAGAAACAUGAAUCUAGUAUUCAUGAUAAUGCUUUCAUUCAAAGCUCAAGCCUAGGGGAUCAUCAGAGAAUUCGUGGAAGAGAGAAACCUUACAAAUGUAAUGAGUGUGGCAAAUCCUUUAACUGGUGCUCACGCCUUACUCGACACCAGAGAAUCCAUACUGGGGAGAAACCAUAUAAAUGUAAUAUGUGUGGCAAGGCUUUUAGUCAAAAUUCAAACCUUACAAUUCAUCAGAGGAUUCAUACUGGAGAGAAACCUUACAAAUGUAAUGAAUGUGACAAAGCCUUUAAGCAGUAUUCAAGCCUCACUAGACAUCAGAAUAUACAUCCAGGGGAGAAACCACACAAAUGUAUUGUGUGUGGGAAGGCCUUUAUCAAACGUUCGCACCUCUGGGGUCAUGAGAGAACACAUACUGCAGAGAAACCGUACAAAUGUACUGAACGUGGCAAGGCCUUUAGACAAUGGUCUGACUUCAGGAUUCACCAAAGAAUUCAUACUGAAGAGGAACCUUAGAAAUGUAAUGAAUGGUGGGGCACCUGAAUGGCUCAGUCAGUUA